AUGGCUGAAGAUGGUAGCCAUGGCACCUCCACCUCUGAUUCCUCAACAACCAUCAUUAAUUUUCUUUGUAAAUUUCUCGCCGUUCAGCAGCAUUGGGCCGAAGCUUAUUCCAACCUCAAAAGGGGAUUUUCAGAGUAUAUGAUUUUGGGAAAUGAAUUGGCCUAUCAACAGCUUUGCAGUGACAUUACACUAGAGUUCAAUAACUGCUCUAAACAAGUACUAAAGAAGGCUGGUCGGCCAUCAGAACGUUUGGUGAGCCAUGCGGAUUGCAAAUUUGAGAAACCAAUGGAGCAUGAGUGUGUGCAUGUCCAUGAGAUUACAGAAGCUGCUGGGACUGAAGAGGCAGAAGCAGAUGCUAUGUAUGAUAAAGAACUAAAGGAGGCCAUUAGAGGAGUACAGGAUGCUGUGACUGCUAUAAACGAGCAUUAG